AUGUUGCAAAUGAGUGAUGAACAAUUGCGUGACGACAUUGAAAUAAUGCACGGUACCAAGGACCUUUCAACGUAUAGCAAGGUCCUUUGUAUCUAUACUAGAGACCCGGAUACUUUUAAGGUUCACGCAGUAAGAGACAUGCAGAAGGCAAUAUUCUCUCAGAAAUGGGAUAAGUUUCUUGACAUCUUGAAGCGGGCGAAAGUCAAAGAGGUCAGGGCAAUUGGAUUCACGGAGCGAGUUAUCAAAAGUGAGGCCAUCGAAAAGUUCACCAAUCUUGCUAACUUGGCCGUCAAGGUCACUGAAUUUCACCGCGUAGGUGAGAGCCAAAUUCGCGGAAUUAUUACAACAAUAGAAGACGAAAAUGAGUUCAACGACUGGAUGGUAGAACACAUUCUUGAACAAGCUCGCGUGAAUUUAGAUGAAAGCCCUUGUGUGUCUAGCGGAGACUCUUUCGAUGAAAAGUUUACGAACUAUUUCGCAGACAAUUUGAAAAACACCACAUCAAAAGACAUGUGGGAAAUGGGAGGCCGUGAUCAUUUCCUGGAAAAAGUACAGUAUUUCACCAAUCGAUAUUUGACCAUCGAGUGCAUUUUGCCAGCAUUUCCCUGUAAGUCGUCAAACGUUGAUAAAGUUUACGGAGCAGUCCCAGACAAAGGCGAGGAACUGGCCUUGAGGCGCUUAAUCGCAGCGACUCAAGAAGUUAAAAGUUUCUAUCCACCAGGAAUGAAAAUCUGGAUUGUAAGCGAUGGCCAUGUCUUCAGCGACUGUAUUGGCGUUGACGACGAUGUUGUCGAUAAUUACACAACAAAACUUCAUGAACUUUACGAGAAAUUGGCAAUUCCUGGUGUCGACGCCGUAGGAUUUGUUGGUUUGAAGGAGUUGUUUCUCACGGGCGACAGUAUUAGAAAAUUUGACGAGUUCAUGGUCCACGACGUUGAUUUAUCUCAUCAUACAGGGACGAAAAUUUGCGAGGUUUCUGAGCUAUCUAGACAAAUUCUCAUGAAGGGCUUUGACACUGACGACGGGAGACUAAGACAGCAAAUUUUGAUAGCAGGUCAUCCUAGACUACACUUGUUCAGAGGAUUCUCCAGAUUUAUGAUGGACGAUCUUUCUCAUUUGGAAUUUUUCCAAAAGUCUUCGAGAAAGGGCUUUAAGAAAGUGGUUUCAAAGGUGGCUUUCGAGAUGAUUAAACGCAACGAUGCCUACUCGAACUUGGUCGAAUUGCUGUUCCCGCACCAUAUGAGAUUCUCGAUCCAUGCACACACCAAUUCGGGCCCCAAAUUUGGUGUUAAAAUCAUUUCCAACCAUCAAUGCAAAAUUGUCAAGUCGUUGGAUGCCCAAGAGGAGCCCAGCUUUGAGGACUUACUGCAUAUACCCACGCCAUGGCACAAUUGCGUGAUCAAAUUGCAGAAUGUGUAUUAUCUGGCUAAGUCCAAGGUCGCGGUUGAUGCGAUAGAAAGUGGCCUUUACGAUGGCCAUUGGAAAGAGGGUGGCGACGAAAAAGAUGUUGGCGGCCAUUUUGUUGUGAACAAAAGCAUGUGCUUGCAAAAACAGGCCUGA